GGCCGGGCAGAAUACAAUCAGUGGAGUUCUAUAUCCUCUGUUCAGUAGCUUAGCUUCAACCCAGCAAACUACUCAUCAGAUAUGGCCAUCCCAGACGCAGUUAAGAGCAAGGUUGGGGACAUGCCCAAUGUAGGAGAGAUGGACAAGGAUGCCUUGGCUGCCCUCAUCAAGCAGCUAUACGACCAGUCCUGCUCCGUCUUUGCCGAGAAGUUCAACAUGGAGCAUGAGAUCAAGAAGAACGAGAUGGAGAUCCAUGCCCUUGAACUGGAGGUCAACGACAUGCACGGCAAGUUCAUCAUUCCUCAGUUGAAGAAGGUCAACAACUUCAAGCUGAUGGGUGGAGAAGAGGCCUAAACUGAGUAAAAACUGGAAAUAACUUGUUUUAUAUCCAGCUCACAUACUGAAUAUGAAAUGGACAUAGCCGGAAUUGAACCAGUGGAACAUGCUGGCAAUUACUGGUUUUGGAACUGGUUGUUCAAACUGGACAUCAAGGAUAAACAACCAGUUUUAAAACUGGUUUCACGAACUGGAUACAGACUUGAAAAAACCGGUUUGAGUCAGGUUGGCUAUGGCUCUCUGUUACUCUAAUUCCAACCUUCUUCUAUCCACCACUGUAAAGCUUCUUCAAACAAUUCUCUUGCAUUCCUAGAACUCCAUUUUGAAUUCUAAUUGUGAAACCAAAACAAACUAACUUUCCCCGUAAACAAGAGAACAUCUCAAUACAUGAAUGGGCUCACUGCUAUAUAGAUAUGUAUGUAAAAAAGUGUAUUUUAUUGUAGAAUAAACAAUUUAUCAAAUUUG